AAUGUGUCAUAUUUGCGUGCUGAAAAAGUUUAUUUACUUCCGGUGAACAGUUUAGCUCCUUCUGAAUGAUAGAAUAGUGGAGAUAAAGGCGAGCAGAAAAGAUGGAGUCCAGUGAGGAGGGUGGCCUCAGUGUUGGGGGAUCGGUGGGCGAGGAAAACUACUUCCUGGGGUACACAUUCACGGACCGCUCCCACUCGAGCCGAGUGGUGAAGAGUAUUAUGGAUCUCUGCCUGGAGGACGGCCUGUUUGCUGAUGUCACCAUCACCGUUGACGGCAAAGAGUUUCACCUGCACCGCCUGGUGCUGUCUGCGCAGAGCAGCUUUUUCCGCUCCAUGUUCACCUCCAAUCUCAAAGAGUCGCACAACCGCAUUAUUGAGCUUAAGGAUGUCAGCGCUACCGUCUUCCAGCUGCUGAUUGACUACAUCUACCAUGGUACCAUUAAACUGAGGGUGGAGGAGCUGCAGGACACCUAUGAGAUGGCGGACAUGUACCAGCUGACUGCUCUGUUUGAAGAAUGCUCGCGCUUCCUCUCCCGAACAGUGGAGGUCAAGAACUGCUUGCAGGUGAUGUGGCUUGCAGACAGACACAGUGAUCAGGAGCUGUAUACUGCAGCGAAGCACUGUGCCAAAAUCCACCUGGCCCAGCUGCACCAGACUGAAGAGUUUCUAAAUCUGCCCCUCUGUCUACUACUAGAUAUCAUCAAAGAUGGUGUUCCAAGUUCUCAGAAUCCAACAGUGGCCAUCGAGUCAUGGAUAAAUCACAAUAAAGUCGAGAGAGAGGAGUUUUCUUGCAUCCUUCAAGAAAAUCUUAAGGAAAUUGGUGAGAAUGUCCAUAUUUACCUGAUUGGCAAGGAGGAGACGAGAACUCACUCUCUGGCCGUGUCGCUGCACUGCGAUGAGGAUGAUGCGAUCAGCGUGAGUGGCCAGAACAGUUUAUGUCAUCAGAUCACCGCAGCCUGCAAACAUGGAGGGGACCUAUAUGUGGUGGGGGGUUCUAUCCCGCGGCGCAUGUGGAAGUGCAACAUGCACACGAUGGACUGGGAGCGUUGCGCACCACUUCCCAGAGACCGCCUCCACCACACUAUGGUGUCCGUCUCCACUGAGGAUGCCAUCUACUCACUGGGAGGCAAAACGUUGCAGGACACGCUCUCUAAUGCCGUCAUCUACUACACAGUGAAGGACAACAUGUGGACAGAGACCAACCAGCUGGACACCGCGGUGUCGGGGGCUGCUGGCGUCAACCUGGGAGGCACCAUCUACCUGCUGGGAGGGGAGGAGAAUGACAUGGAUUUUUUCACAAAGCCUUCUCGCCUCAUUCAGUGCUUCGACACCUCCUCCCAAAAGUGCCAGAUCAAACCUUACAUGCUGCCGUUCGCCGGCUGCAUGCACGCAGCAGUCCACAUGGACGUGAUCUUUAUCGUAGGAGAAGGAGACUCACUGGUGUGUUACAACCCACUGCUCGAGAGCUUCACACGCCUGCGCUUCCCCGAAGCGUGGAGCUGUGUCCCUUCACUGUGGAAGGUGGCCAGUUGUAAUGGCUGUAUUUACGUCUUCAGAGACAAAUGUAAGAAAGGAGACGCAAAUACUUUAAAGUUUAACCCGGCCACGUCUGUCGUCUCCGUAAUCAGAGGUAUUAAGAUCCUCCUCACAAACUGGCAGUUUGUUUUGGCCUAAGCUCUCCGCGGUACGUUCACACUGUGGUCAACACACCAGCCACAGAGAAUCAGGGAAGACUGUUGGUUGACUGACCAAGACUUCACUCAUGGAGACGUCCUGUGAAGAAAUUUGUCCACGAGUUGUAUUUACUCAGCUGUGUCACUUAUUCCAUUCAGACUCCACCACCGGCCACACAACAACAGUUCAGCGGUGUGUCGCUUGUACUACAACGUGUCUCGUUGUCGGCUCCUUAGCCGAGAAUCCAAUUUGUGGUGAUGCUGUGAACAGUGAUGAACUAAUCUAUUGUUUUCUGUGCACUCCUCAUUUAUUGACACGCAUGAACAGCUUCAGUGUAAAAAUAUUAAUGAACACAAGGCAUCUUUCACUAUAUUGUAAGUGUGUCAUGAUAUUGUAGGUCAGAUAUCACAAGAUGUUUUUAAAGUGCUCAUGUUAUACUUGUUUUCAGAGUCUACUAGAAUAAGUUUACAUACUUUAAUGUUGAGAAACACGUUUUUUCUGAGUGUGUACACGGCCUUUUCAUUCCAAUAACUAUUGCCCUGUCUGUUUAAAGCCCACUCCGGAGAAAAACACUUUGCUCUGAUUGGUUUGUUAGAAUGAUCAAAGCAAAGCAAAGUUGCCUAAUGUACAUAACCCACAAUGGUUAUGAAAGCUUAACCUAUAUUCAAAAUAUAUUGCAGCUUCUGACUUUUUCUGAACGACUAUUUUAUCUGUAAAUAUUAAACGAUAGCUCCAACGUAUGUGAAUGGUCAUCACAUUUCGUCACACAGUGUUGCUGUUAGCAAGAUUUUAGCUGUGAAGAGAAAAUAUUGAUUGGGAAUUUGCUAUUUUAAAAAGAAGCAAAACAAAACAACAGCUGUUUUAGUUUGAACAUGACAAGGUGGGGCAAAAUAUUAAUAACACAGUAUAUAUCAUAGGUAAGAAACUCACGGGGAGCUAAAUAAAAUGAAUUGGCAUUAAAAUGUAAAUCUUACUGUAAUGAUUUUAAUAACUAUAGGUUUAUAAAAAGAUUAUAAAUCUUAAUUCUUUUCAUUUUUGUGUCCAUUUGUUUCUUGUUUUUUGACUGAAUUUUGUUUGAAUCACCACUGAAUCUGGAAUGAAGGCUUGAAGCACAACGUGCCAGUAAUAAUAAAAAUAAUAAGAAUAAUACAUGUAUUAUUAUUGACACCACAGUGCUUAAAUACAUAACUCAUACUUUUAAUGCCUUUUUAGGAUUAUUUUUUCUACAGUUCCACAGAUGUGAAGUAUUGCAGAGGAUACUUGCAUUAUGAUAACCAUUGUUGUAGUAUUGUACCAGGAAAGUUUUUUGUGAUUCCCAGGAAAUUAUGGUGGAUUGUGGAUGUAAUUCAGGCACCUUUUUUUUUUUUAAAAUAAAACUAACCAUCGGGCGGGUAUUAUGCUUAUGUGUUACAUAAGAUAAGUCACAGAACAGAAGCCUGGGCUACAAAUGUGGCAUUUCUGGUAGGUUUACAUGCACUAAAUGUGUCAGACUGAAGGUUAAUGGAAACAUGAAAGUAUAGUACGGGCACUUUAAGUUGGUGUGUGCAUAGACAUGAUAACAAAGGGUGUUUUUUAACUUUUCAGAUUUUCUUGUCUCAAGAUUGUAUUUUUUGAUGUACACCAUACAUGUUCAAGUUAACCAUUAUCUGAAAUGUUAAAUAUA